GUUAGACCUCAUCAUGUCGAGCUCGGGAAUCGUACUCUAUGGAACGGACCUAAGUCCCUGUGUGAGGGCUGUCCGCCUGACCCUCAAGGCCCUGAGCUUGGACUACGAGUUCAAGGAGGUGGACCUUCAGAAGGGGGAGCAUCUGAGCGAGGACUACCUGAAGAAGAACCCCCAGCACACGGUGCCGGUGCUGGAUGACAAUGGCACCAUCCUCUGGGACUCCCACGCCAUCGCCGCCUACCUGGUGGACAAGUACGGGAAGUCGGACGAGCUGUACCCCAAGGACCUGGUCAAGCGGGCGAUCGUCAACCAGCGCCUCUUCUUCGAGGCCAGCGUGACCUAUCCAGGACUGGCCAACAUAGUCGCUCCCUUCUGGGUCAGUGGUGUGACUGAGGUGCCCCAGGAGAAGCUGGACACGGUUCACCGGGGUCUGAAGCUGCUGGAGAGCUUCUUGGCCAGCGCCCCGUAUCUGGUGGGUGAUUCCCUGACCCUGGCCGACCUGGUCAGUGGACCCACAGUGAGCGCCCUUCGGGCCGCCGUCGACAUUGAACCUACGGAGUAUCCCAAGGUCUGCGCUUGGCUGGAUCGACUCAACCAGAUACCCUUCUAUAAGGAAAUCAACGAGGGUCCUGUUCAGGGCUACGUCGCCUUCCUGCGCAGCCAGUGGACCAAGCUGGGUGCCUAAACAGUAAUCCACCAAAGAAAAAGCCAGUACCAAACAUAAAAAUCAUCACAUUUGUCUUCAAACAAUCCUAGUCUUUUAUAAAAAAUAUUAAUAAUUUACAUUUUAUUAAAUUCUAGUUGUUUUAUUAAAAAAAAAUUAUAUUUUUUAAUUAUUGGCAUUUCACAUACAAAAUUUAUAAAAUUCGUCGUAUUUA